UGUGGAUCCCCGGAGCUCCUGUGAUUUGCGGCAGGUUUUUCAGGUCCCCGCCUGUCACACACGCAGAUACUUAAGCAGCCACCCAAGGACCUGCAGGGUUCUUGUUUUACACUCUUCUGGUCCCUGCCAGCUCCAGUGCCUGGCCCCAUAGCCCGGGAGGAGAUGGCUACGGAGAAGCCAGUGACACCGACUGAGGAGCAGCUGGAGAUCCUGGAGUAUAACUUUUGCAAAGUGAAUAAGCAUCCUGACCCCACCACGCUGUGCCUCAUCGCUGCUGAGACCGGGCUCUCUGAGGAGCAGACUCUGAAAUGGUUCAAGCAGCGCCUGGCUGAGUGGAGGAAGUCUGAAGGGCUGCCCUCAGAAAGCGGGUCUGUCAGAGACUAGAGGAUGGUGCUCCACAUCCCCAUGCUGACUGUAAAUGACGGUGAAGCUCUUCAGAGCGGGUUUCCUUGGGGUUCUUCUGCUGCAAUAGGUUUUGAGACACAAAGUAAUAUCCUGCUAUUUAACAUUAGCUCUAUUUAAAGUGUACAUAACCAGGAAAAGAAUGUUUAUAUAUAUAUAUCUAUAUAUGUGCAUACAGCUUCUGAUGGCUUCAUAACCUGUCUAGUGAUUCCCAUCCAUUAACAGUAGCUGCACAGGGCAAGGCAAUCUCAUGCCCUUGUCCCAGGCUUGCGGAAAAGCUGCUAUGAAAGGUUAAAGCAUAGAAGGAGGGAAACAAGAUUGCUUUUCCUUAUGAUCCCCAGAGGCAAAGUAUGUGUGCCAGCUUAAAUGUACAGAUCAUCCAAAGAGGAGGGCACCUGGAAAACCAGAUGUGUUGUUCAGGUGAUCUCAGUUAGCUCAAGAUGCCCAAGUCAGCUUUACAUAUUGGCAAGCCAGUUGCCUACACCAUAAUCAGACCAAGCCAAGCCCCCCUUGAAUGCUUUUUUCACAUUUCUGUUAAAGGUCACCAAAGGGAAAGAACUGGUCUACUUUUUUU